UGAGACUGUGAGCAUCAGUCGAGCAGUCGAGUAACGACCUUCUACUUAAGUGGAUGCUGGUUGUCAUCCGAUAAAUUGCUCAACAAUUAAAAAGUAAUGGGACGUUCGUGUACCGAAGACUAGACAGGAUUAUUUUCUUCGAUCGAACAACGAAUAGCUAAAUGCUAAAGUAUCAUGGAUGGAAAAGUAAAAACAGAAAGAGUAAAGAAUCCACGAGAAGGAGCAAAUCCUCUUAGCGCCUUAACAUUUUCAUGGAUUCUACGUACUUUUUGGGACGGUUAUCGAAAAGAGUUAGAAAUAAAUGAUUUAUGCAAACCCCUUAAGGAACACACAAGCAGUAUUUUAGGUACAAAAAUUGUUAAGGCAUGGGAAAAGGAAUGCGAAGCUUAUGAAAAGCGCAAGUUACUAAGCGAAGAAAACGAAAAUAGUAGUAAGAAAUAUGACACGAAAAAAAAAGUGAAGGAGCCCAGUUUAAAAAAAGUUCUUAUCAAAUGUUUUGGUCUUCGAUUACUGGUAUAUGGACUAAUUUUAGCAGUUAUGGAGAUAUUGCUUAGAUUAUCACAGCCCAUGUUUCUUGGCCUUCUUAUCCGUUACUACAAUCAGAAGAAAAUUGCCCAGUUACUGCCCAGUUUAUACAAUUCUUCCAAUUCGCAAGUUCAUGAAAAUGAAGAUGCGACGAGAUCGGUAUUGCAACCAAUAUUUCUUGGUCAACUAUUGAGAUACUAUAGCAGCAAUACAAUAACAAAAGAGGAAGCUUACUUAUACGCGACUGGUGUGAUAUUAUGUUCGGGAUUGUUAAUAUUCGUUAUUCAUCCAUAUAUGAUGGCCAUCCUUCAUAUGGGAAUGAAAAUGCGUGUGGCUUGUUGCACGUUAAUAUAUAGGAAAGCAUUGAGACUUUCAAGAACAGCUUUGGGUGAAACCACAAUAGGGCAAGCAGUCAAUCUCUUGUCCAACGACGUCAACAGAUUCGACGUAGCAAUUAUAUUUUUGCAUUAUUUAUGGAUCGGUCCUCUCGAGACCAUUCUCAUUAUAUAUUUCAUGUACGAGGAAGUUGAAGUAUCUGCUUUCAUCGGUGUCGCAACCCUUCUAAUGUUCAUUCCCUUGCAAGGUUACUUGGGUAAAAAGUCCUCGAUAUUACGACUGAAAACCGCUAUAAGGACGGACGAAAGAGUUCGAUUGACGAACGAAAUCAUUGGUGGUAUUCAGGCGAUUAAGAUGUAUACUUGGGAAAAGCCGUUCAGUGCUUUAGUCGAGAAAGCAAGAAGGAGAGAAAUCAAUGUAGUACGGCUCACUUCUUAUAUUAGAGGCAUCACCAUGUCUUUUAUGAUAUUUAGUACGAGAAUGUCGCUUUUCAUUACCAUAUUAGCGUACGUCUUAUAUGGUCAUAGAAUAACUGCCGAGAAAGUAUUUAUGUUGACGGCUUAUUACAAUAUUUUACGUCAGACUAUGACGGUCUACUUUCCGCAAGGUAUAACGCAAAUAGCGGAAGCACUCGUUUCUAUAAAGCGUUUGCAAAAGUUCAUGAUGUACGAGGAAAUUGGACCCACAAACGAUAAGAAAGGAUAUGGAAAAGAAGAGUUAAAGGAUCUGGCGAAGAAAAAUAAUGAUGUUAACGGUGUAAAUAAAGAAGGGAAUGACAUUAAAGAUGACAAAAUUGAUACGAAUAGUUAUCAAGAAGACAGUACUAUAUCUUUAAAGAAUGUUUGCGCAAAGUGGUUUUCGUACGACAACGGGGACACAUUGAAGAACAUCAACAUCACCGUAAAACCGGGCGAGCUGAUCGCUGUUGUUGGUCAAGUUGGUGCUGGCAAAAGUAGUUUACUUAACGUGAUAUUAAAGGAAUUGCCUGUACACGCAGGUUCUGUACAGAUAAACGGCAAGUUGGCAUACGCUAGUCAAGAACCGUGGCUAUUUGCCGGCUCUGUUAGACAAAAUAUUCUGUUCGGCAGGCAAAUGGAUCAGUUCCGAUACGAUCGUGUAGUCCGAGUAUGCCAAUUAAAAAGGGAUUUUACUUUGUUGCCGUACGGCGAUAAAACAAUCGUGGGCGAAAGAGGAAUUAGUUUGUCGGGCGGGCAACGUGCUAGGAUUAACUUAGCAAGAGCGAUAUACACGGAAGCCGACUUGUACUUACUGGACGAUCCUUUGAGCGCCGUAGACGCUCACGUUGGCAAGCACAUGUUCGAGGAAUGCAUCGACAAAUAUUUAAGGGGAAAAACUAGAGUUCUUGUUACCCAUCAAUUGCAAUACUUGAGAUAUGUUGAUAGAAUAAUCGUUAUGAAAGACGGAUCGGUUAAAGCACAGGGUACUUACGACGAAUUGGGCGCCAUGGGCGUAGAUUUUGGGAGGUUGUUGGAGAAUCCACCACCAUUGGAAGAGGAACGAUCGGGGACUGCACCUCCGAGUAGGAGCAAUUCUCGGAACGGCAGUAUUACGUCUUUAAGUUCAUUCAUGAGCAGCGUCACCGAUAAGUUGGAUCCGGUCGAGGUAGCCGAAGCACGUACAAGAGGCAAGGUUUCCGGUAAAGUGUAUCUAGGAUAUUUCCGAGCCGGUGGAAAUUGGUGUGUCGUGUUUAUGGUUGUUUUUCUGUGCGUACUUGCGCAAUUAGUAGCCAGUUGUGGGGAUUUCUUUAUCUCUCAAUGGGUUAAUAUGGAAGAACGAUUCGUCCACGAUAAAUCGAAUGGUACCAUUGAAAACGAUAGGCAGAGUCCGUUGGCUUGUGACACGUGCAUAUAUUUGUACAGCGGUUUAACCAUUUUCACGGUAAUAAUUACUCUAAUGCGUUCGAUCUCAUUCUUCAGAACGUGCAUGCAAGCGUCUGUUAGGCUGCACGAUCGCAUGUUCCAAAAUAUCAGCCGCGCAACGAUGCGUUUCUUUAACACGAACACAUCAGGACGUGUUCUUAAUAGAUUUUCGAAAGACAUGGGCGCCAUAGACGAACUAUUACCGGUAGCACUGAUCGAUAGCCUGCAAAUUGGACUGGCUCUCAUUGGAAUCAUCGUAGUGGUCGCAAUAGCCAAUCCAUGGUUAAUGAUACCUACAGUGGCAAUCGGAAUACUCUUUUACUACAUCCGCGUGUUUUACGUAGCGACCAGCCGCAGCGUGAAACGACUCGAAGGAAUCACUCGAUCGCCGGUAUUCGGCCAUCUGAAUGCCACGCUGCAAGGGUUACCAACCAUUCGAGCUUUCGGAGCGCAAGAAAUUCUUAUAAAGGAAUUCGAUCAACACCAGGACUUGCACUCAGCGGCGUGGUACCUAUUCAUAGGAUCCUCGAGAGCGUUUGGAUUUUGGCUCGAUCUCUUCUGUGUCGUCUACAUCAUCUUGGUUACUUAUAGCUUUUUGUUCAUCGGCGAUAACGAGAAAGGUGGCGACGUCGGACUAGCCAUAACCCAGAGCAUCGGGUUAACGGGUAUGUUCCAGUGGGGCAUGCGGCAAAGUACCGAGCUAGAGAAUCAAAUGACUUCCGUUGAGCGCGUGUUGGAAUACAGCAAAGUGGAGAACGAGCCGGCGCUCGAAAGCACGCCGGAUAAAAAACCCCGAGAUAGUUGGCCCGAGGAGGGAAAAAUCGAAUUCAAACAAGUGGCGAUGAGGUACGAUCCGGCGGAGCCUCCGGUGUUGAAGAAUUUGAACUUUUUGAUUUAUCCCCAAGAAAAGAUUGGGAUUGUCGGAAGAACAGGUGCUGGAAAGUCGUCCUUGAUCUCGGCUCUGUUUCGCCUCGCAGAUCUCGAAGGUGCCAUCGUGAUAGAUGGGGUCAACACCGUCGAGAUAGGUCUUCACGAUUUACGUUCCAAGAUCAGUAUAAUUCCUCAAGAACCGUUUUUGUUCUCGGGCACAAUGAGAAAGAAUUUGGAUCCCUUCGGCAGCUACGACGAUAGCGUGCUCUGGCAAGCAUUGGAGGAUGUUGAGAUCAAGGAAAUGGGUCUGGAGGCUCACAUUAACGAGGGUGGCUCGAAUCUGAGCGUGGGACAGCGUCAGAUCGUGUGCCUGGCUCGCGCAAUCGUCCGAAACAAUCCCAUUCUCAUUCUCGACGAAGCUACGGCGAACGUUGAUCCGCGAACCGAUGAAUUGAUCCAACUUACGAUUCGCAGAAAAUUUGCGAAAUGCACCGUAUUAACCAUCGCUCAUCGACUCAACACUGUCAUGGAUAGCGAUCGUAUUUUGGUAAUGGAUGCUGGCAGCGCUGUGGAAUUCGAUGCCCCUUACGUGCUUUUGCAAAAGGAGUCUGGAUAUUUGAAGAGCAUGGUGAACGAGACGGGACCAGCAAUGGCGGAAGUCUUGAAAGAAAUCGCUCGCGAAAGCUAUCAAAAUCGUACAUCAACUGCCCUUUGAUAAACGUUCAACGGAUUCGUCAAUUUCCAAGUUGGACUGUCUGCAUUGAGUCCCGUUAUUGAUGACUGUACUUUCUACUUUUACAGAAACCAUCCGUGGAUUAUUUAGCGCGAUCAAAGAGUGCCCUAUCUAUCGUUAUGAUCGAUUGUGUCACCCAGUGUCGUUGGUAUGAAACGGCCCCAUUGAAUAAUCGUGAUUUGUCGUUUUCGAGAUUUUUCGAGAAUUUCGCGUUCCUGGAUACAGUAUUAUUACAUAGAUUUUUUAUAAACAGCUGCCUUUUCUAUACACGACUUUUUACUCUGGAAACUGUCGCGAGUUAUAUCGUACUUAAUCGCAUCGCGGACUAUUUUUCUAUACGUUAGAGAAAAUGGUUCUCCUACCACCGUUGCUAUUUUCUAAUUUGUUAGCAAUUUAUCUACGCAGGAUAUUCGUUUUUUCUUGCCCUUACGUUGGUGCUGUAAGUACAAAAGCCGUAUGUCGAGAAAGAACACGUGUCUACCUUCUAACAAUAAGAUAGAAAAUUAUUUUGCUCGAUACGCGUGCUAUGUCCGGAAACAGUUUGUAUUAAAACACCUAAGGUGUACUUUAUUUGUGUCUAUAUAGUUGUCGAAAGAAUUCGCGGAUCGAAGUUUUUUCUAUUUUUGCUUGUAUCACAACAACGUUUUACGCGUAAGAUACGUUGGAACGAACGAGAGUCGCUUUACCAAUACAAACAAACCACUUGGUCAGUUUGUACCGCGCCGAAGAGUGAAAUUCUUCCUAUACCGACUUAAAGAUAUACAUGUGUAUAUAUAUAUAUAUAUAUAUCUAUACAUAUUUUAUUCAUUCGUCUCGUUUGUAUCGGUUUAUGUACCGCUUACUUAGCCAACGACGACGACGACGACGACGACGAACAAGUAAGCGAACACUGUACUUUUAGGUGAAAACAAUUGCCUUGCGUAUAAGUGCCUAUGUAAUUUUAUUAUUACAAAUGAAAAAUAUAGAUCUAGAGCAUUAUUUAUGUUAAUAAUACAA